AUGUUCGGGCUCAGGAAGUCCCUUCUUCUAGCUGUGGGGCUGGCCAGCCUUGUCAACACCAAAUCGUGGACAGGAAACAAGGUUCUGGUUGUCGUCGAGCCGAAACGCCAAGAUGACUUUUCAAUAUUCUUCGAUGGGUUGAAAGAUAAAGGAUAUCAACUAACGUUCCGUGCGCCCAUGGAUGAGAAACCGGCGGUUAUUGAGUAUGACGAGCCGUCGUUCGCACACGUCAUUAUCCUUGCGUCGGAAACGAAAAAUUUCGCGAAGGACAUAACCCCACAAUCCCUCAUUACCCUCGCCAACCUCGGCACCAACCUCCUCCUCGGGCUAUCCACAAAACAAACACCCCUUGCCUCCCUGGCGCCCGAGUUCUCACUCAUCCUCCCACCCCCAGGGACACCUCUCAUCUCCUACUUCCCCAAGCGCGACGAACCAAGCUCGCUUGUACCCAUCAAGCCCACCAAGCGUGACGCUACGAACAUCCUGAGCAAGGACCUCGCGCCUGUUUGGUUCUCUGGCAUCCCUCAGGCGCUGGGCAGUAGUCCACUUUUGGUCCCAAUUUUACAUGCCCCGGCGGAGGGUUUUGCAUCUGAGAUUGAUGGAGGAUCGGCGGAUGCUCUUGUUGAGGCGUCGCAAAAGGGUGGGGAGGGCCUGUGGGCGGGCAGCCGGAUGAGCGUUGUGACGGGGUUCCAGACGACGGAUGGCUCCAGGGUUACGUGGUUGGGAGGAGUGGAUAUCCUGAGUGAUGAAUUGGCUCUGAAAGUGAUCUCUAAUGGUGUGAAGUCUGGCAACUCUCAAUUCGGACGCGACAUCGCUGCCUGGACAUUCCAGGAGUCCAACGUGCUCCGCAUCGAGAAGGUCGAGCACCACCGCGUGAACGCCACCGAGCCGCUCGAGCAGUACACGACCAACGACCAACUCGUCUACAAUAUUUAUAUCUCCAAGUUCAACCCCAUCAAGGAUACCUGGGAACCAUACUCCGGCCUGAAGGACCUCCAGCUAGAAUUCACGAUGCUGGACCCCCACAUCCGGACUGCCCUUCCUCCUGUGCCUGGCGCGCCAGGGAAAUACUCGGUCACGUUCCGUGCUCCAGAUAGACACGGCGUUUUCAAGUUUGUCGUCGACUACAAGCGCACUGGAUGGUCCUACCUUCACAGCUCAACAACUGUCCCUGUGGUCCCACCAAGACACGACGGCUACCCGCGUUUCCUCUCAGCAGCUUGGCCGUACUACGCUGGUGCGAUUAGCACGAGCGUGGGUUUCUUCCUGUUCUCCGCCAUCUGGCUCGCAGGCGAGGUCCGCGAGUCGUCAAAACGACCUGGCAAAGCAGGCAAGGCGGAGUAG